GGUGUGCGGUGUGCCCAGCAGAGUGGGUCUCUGGAGAGGUGGGCGCUGGGGAGGAGAGGGAAGGAGAGACGGGUAUGGAUGGAAAGGGAGAGGAAGCCAGGCUAAACCAGCGUGUCCCAAUGGGGGGCCCUGGGCUGAGUGGAGGAAAUGGGUGCGGUGGAGGUGGGUUUGGCUGGGCACAGCCGGCACGUGGGGUAAGCGGGUGGGGCCGGUUGUGCGGGAGGCCUAUCUGGGGCAAGCAGCCGAGGCCGACUGUGUCAGGCGUGUGGUUGAGCACGGGCAGGUGUCUGGCGGUGACCCUGCACGUCUGGUGUUUACCUGGCCCUGGGUCUGACGUGGACCGCGCCUGGCUGCUGGCGGGACAGUGUGUUAUCUGCCUGCGGACGCUUCCGGCCACUUGGCCUGGGCCUCUGCCCUUAGCGCUGUGUUUUCCGGGCCAAGCCCCCCAUCCCCCCUAUCUAGUGCUAGGACUUUCUGGCUCCAGAGGUCACCGCGGCCGGGCAGAGGCUGCCAAAGCAAACCAGCCCCGUGACUUGUAGGAAGCCAGCGGGGGAGGGGCUGGGGCAGGAUGAGCAGGGCAGGCGGGAGAGGCUGGGGCUGGGGUUGGGACCCAGGAAUUGGGCAGGGAAUUAGCAGAGGUGCAGCAAGUGGCGGGCACAGCCAGGACCUGGGGCUGGAGGAUGCAGAAAGGGCGGGGGGAAGGGGUCGCUGGGCGAGGGUGGAGUGGGCUUAGGGCAACUGGGGCCCUCCAUCUGAUCUCUUCUGGUCAGACCCCCACCCUUCAGCCUGCACUUUCUCCCUAAACCCCCAUCCUCCAGCCAGGCCUGUCCCUGUUCCCACAUCCCUGCAGACAGGCACACCUGGGUCCCCCUGGAGGUCCAAGACGAGCCCCGUAGCUGGGCCCGCCUGGUCCAGCCCCCGCAAGCCCGGCCCCAUCAGCCAGGUGGCCUCCAGCGCUGCCAAUCGAAUGGUCCGGCCCCUCCCCGCCCCUUCGCCCGCCCCUCGCCCAGCCCCCUCCUCCUCAGGUGAGGCAGCCUGGCCUAGCAGGCCCCACGCCACCGCCUCUGCCUCCAGGCCGCCUGCUGCUGCGGGGCCACCAUGCUCCUGCCCAGGCCUGGAGACUGACCCGACCCCAGCACCACCUCGAGGCUCCGCCCCCACCUGCUGGACCCCAGGGUAAGGACAGGGGGCCCCAGACUCACGGUUCCAGCCCUGAGGACAGGGGUUCCCUCAUCCCUCCACGCAGCCUAAUGCCCACCUCCUAAUAGAGGGGUUCCUGGGGACCUGAAGAGGGGGCACUGUGACGUCCCCCCAAGUACCUAGGUGUUCAGGCCUGCUCUUCCUUCAGACUCAGCGGUUGGGCCCCAGGCCUUUCCUCCCCAGACCCAGGAGUUCCAGCCCUCAGGCCCCUCCUCUCUCAUACUAAGGAGUCUUGGCCCCCAGAUUCCUCCUUUGCCAAGACUUAUGAUUUCAGGUCCUCAGCUGUCUCCUCCCUCAAACCCGGAUCCUCAGUCCCCUGCUCCACCUGGCUCAGGCAUGGGGGUCCCCAUCCCUGCAAAUCCAAAUCCAGGCUUCCCCCCACUGCUGGUCAGACACUGACCCCAUCCUUGAACCCAGCCCAAUCUGCGUCCGUGAUCACGGCGUGCUCUGGCCAAGGCCCAGUCCCUACAGCCUGCCUGGAUGGACGCCUGGGACUGGGGGCGCCAGGACUGGGCUGGGCUCCCCCAGGCCCUGCCUCCCCGUCCAUCUCCUCACAGGUCCCACCCUGGCCCAGGAGGUCAGCCAGGGAAUCAUUAACAAGAGGCGGUGACAUGGCGCAGAAGGAGGGUGGCCGGACUGUGCCAUGCUGCUCCAGACCCAAGGUGGCAGCUCUCACUGCGGGGACCCUGCUACUUCUGACAGCCAUCGGGGCGGCAUCCUGGGCCAUUGUGGCUGUUCUCCUCAGGAGUGACCAGGAGCCGCUGUACCCAGUGCAGGUCAGCUCUGCGGACGCUCGGCUCAUGGUCUUUGACAAGACAGAAGGGACGUGGCGGCUGCUGUGCUCCUCGCGCUCCAAUGCCAGGGUAGCCGGACUCAGCUGCGAGGAGAUGGGCUUCCUCAGGGCACUGACCCACUCCGAGCUGGAUGUGCGAACGGCGGGCGCCAACGGCACGUCAGGCUUCUUCUGUGUGGACGAGGGGAGGCUGCCCCACACCCAGAGGCUGCUGGAGGUCAUCUCCGUGUGUGAUUGCCCCAGAGGCCGUUUCUUGGCCACCAUCUGCCAAGGUGAGACCCUAAAACUCAGAACCCUCUCCUUUAGGCCCUUGGGGAGGCCACGUCCCCUCAAGCUCCCCAGGAUGGGGCCGUGUACUUUCAGACCCCCUAGGGCAGGGCCAAGCCUGGGCUCUGGGGACCUGGGCUUCAGUCCUCUGUCGCCGCCCCCGGCUGACCCCUGUCCCACAGACUGUGGCCGCAGGAAGCUGCCCGUGGACCGCAUCGUGGGAGGCCGGGACACCAGCUUGGGCCGGUGGCCGUGGCAAGUCAGCCUUCGCUAUGACGGAGCACACCUCUGUGGGGGGUCCCUGCUCUCCGGGGACUGGGUGCUGACAGCCGCCCACUGCUUCCCCGAGCGGAACCGGGUCCUGUCCCGAUGGCGAGUGUUUGCCGGUGCCGUGGCCCAGGCCUCUCCCCACGGCCUGCAGCUGGGGGUGCAGGCUGUGGUCUACCACGGGGGCUAUCUUCCCUUUCGGGACCCCAACAGCGAGGAGAACAGCAACGAUAUUGCCCUGGUCCACCUCUCCAGUCCCCUGCCCCUCACAGAAUACAUCCAGCCUGUGUGCCUCCCAGCUGCCGGCCAGGCCCUGGUGGAUGGCAAGAUCUGUACCGUGACGGGCUGGGGCAACACACAGUACUAUGGCCAACAGGCCGGGGUACUCCAGGAGGCUCGAGUCCCCAUAAUCAGCAAUGAUGUCUGCAAUGGCGCUGACUUCUAUGGAAACCAGAUCAAGCCCAAGAUGUUCUGUGCCGGCUACCCCGAGGGUGGCAUUGAUGCCUGCCAGGGCGACAGCGGUGGUCCCUUUGUGUGUGAGGACAGCAUCUCUCGGACGCCACGUUGGCGGCUGUGUGGCAUUGUGAGCUGGGGCACUGGCUGUGCCCUGGCCCAGAAGCCAGGCGUCUACACCAAAGUCAGUGACUUCCGGGAGUGGAUCUUCCAGGCCAUAAAGACUCACUCCGAAGCCAGCGGCAUGGUGACCCAGCUCUGACCGAUGGCUUCUCGCUGCGCAGCCUCCAGGGCCCGAGGUGAUCUCGGUGGUGGGAUCCACGCCGGGCCUAGGAUGGGACGUUUUUCUUCUUGGGCCUGGUCCACAGGUCCAAGGACACCCUCCCUCCAGGGUCCUCUCUUCCACAGUGGCGGGCCCACUCAGCCCCGAGACCACCCAACCUCACCCUCCUGACCCCCAUGUAAAUAUUGUUCUGCUGUCUGGGACUCCUGUCUAGGUGCCCCUGAUGACAGGAUGCUCUUUAAAUAAUAAAGAUGGUUUUGAUUAA